UACCAUUAGCAAAAAGGCAGAUCAGAUCAACACUCCACCGGACUCAUUGCGUGGCAACGAUGUUUCGGGCAGCAUGCCGACCUGAGCAAGAUGGGACACCCCUACCAUUACCCAUCGUGAAAGGUCAUCCCACCGGGCAUCAGUAUGAGCUGCCUCAUCGGGCAUCGUGCAGGCACGUCUUUCGCAGAAGCUGGGUUAAUGACGAGGCCGUGGGUCACAGCAGGGACCAUGUUCUGCUGCGUGCUUGCCAUGGGUAAAGCUUGGCCAGAAUUAAGGUUUUCUGGAUGUCAUGAUACGAGUAUACUCAAUAUAGAACGCGGGGUAGCGUCAUCUCUGAGCACUCGGUGUAUCGCGGAGUUUUCGCGGUCAGUCUGCCGAUGAGCUGUUGCACAUAGCGAAGAAGAUGCAACAUCCGGAAAGCGAU